GAACACCAGUAUUUUAUUUGGUUAUAAACUUUCCUCUUCUUGCUUUCCUUGACAUCUAUAUGUUAUCUUGCAGGUCUGCUUUAUCUUUUAAUAUUUAUUUAUUUAUUUGGCUGAGCCAGGUCUUAACUGUGGCACACAGAAUCAUUAAUUUUCAUGGCAACAUGUGGGAUAUUUAGCUGUGGCAUGCAGAAUCUAGUUCCCUGACCAGGGAUUGAACCUGGGUCCCCUGUACUGGGAGCAUGGAGUCUUAGUCACUGGACCACCAGGAAAGUUCAAGAAUUGUUUUCCAGCUCCAUCACUGAAUGUUCCCAUAGCUGUGAGCUCGGAUAAUGACAGUCUUCCUCUGAAUAGAUUUGGGUGUUCCAUAAACAGAGCCUCAUCCUGUUAGACAAACCACCCGAGUACUGCAUGGAUCAUGCUUCCGAGGAUGACCAGCUCCAGCAGAGCUUCCUCAGGAACCGGCACCUGCUGCCUGAUGUGGUGCCUGGAGCGGCUCCUCUUGGGACCCGAGCGCCUCCUGCGGGGCAGAAUCCGGCUUUACCAGGAUGGAGCCCGCCGAGCCACGGCCCUCACGCCCGCCGGGUGCCCAUACGUGCUCACCCCGGACCGCAUCCCCGAGUUCUGCAUCCCCCCGCGACUCGUGCCCUGCCCGACUCUGACUGCAGUCCCAGACUCCUGGGACGAACAAGCAGGGACCGACGACGGAGCUGGCCGCACGGACUGGGACCCGCGCUCGCAGGCCGCACUCUCGCUGCAGCACCUGCCCCGGGCGCGCACUGCCUACGGCUUCUGUGCGCUGCUCGAGAGCCCGCACACCCGCCGCAGGGAGUCGCUCUUCCUCGGGGGGCCGGGCGCCGCCGCGCUGCUGCCCGCGCCCCGUCCCCGGGCCCACACAUACGGGGGCGGCGGCGGAAAUGACCCCCUCAGGCCCCGGGCGAGAGCGCCCAUUGCGCCCCCCAAGGCCCGCAGUGGCUCCCUCCUGGACGCGCUCGGCCCCGGGCCCCGCUGCCGCCGCUUCCUGCGCGCUUCCGAGGAGCUGCUGCGCCGCGUGCUGCGGGCCCAGAGGAACAGAGACCUGGCCCGCGCCUGCUCUCUUUCCAGCGGGGACGGAGACGACGAGGACGAGAACGAGGGCCCCUCCGGCUCCGGAUCCCCACCGCGGGCCCCCGGCGCGUCCCUCUCGCCAACUCCCAACCCUCUUCCCGAGCGCUUGGAGGCCGAGGGCACCGUAACUCUGGGCCGUGGCGGUGGCGCCCUGCGCCUGGCCGCUGAGUACUGUAGGGCCAGCGGGCGCCUCCGUGUCCGGUUGCUCCAUGCCGAGGGCCCGGCUGGAGGAGCAGCCGAGCCCGGCGCCCCCGUAGGCUGCAGAGUCAGCUUCAUCCUGAAGCCGCGGGGCGCCGUGGUCCGGCGGAGCCGCAGGGCCGUCUUGGAGCAGGAUUUGUGCUUGGACGGGCUCUCGGAGGACGAGGUGCGCCGCCUGGCCGUGCGCGUCAAGGCGGAGAACCCGGGCCGCGGGCUGCAGCGGGGCCGCCUGCUGGGCCAGGGCGAACUGCUGCUGGGCCCCCUCCUGCUCCUCUGAGGGCGCGCUCUGCCGCGGGGCGUCUCGGACACUGACAGCCGCUUUGUACAAAAUAAAUGUGUUUUCAUUCUUC